AUGGACAGCUUUUUCACACCCAUUAUUCCCACCGACGAGACAACCACCAUGAGCUUUCCUUCAUCCUCCUCAACCUCUCAGUAUUAUUUUCCACCUCAUCACGAAGGCUUGCAACUUCCCUACGCAUUUCCUCUAGAGCAGGCUGGUCAGCGUUUAGUGUACCCCGCGUAUCCUUUCGUAAUGGGCGUGAAUCCGCAACCGCAUUUGCUAUCAAAAGAGCAUGAGAGAAGGCUUGUGGAUGCUUGGACGACCAAGAUUGCGAGGAUUAAGCGCAAAAUCGCACGCCAAAGGAGUCUCGGUUUGAACAGAAACUCUGCUUCCUGGCCUUCUUCAACUCAGGUGCAUACACAGGAACUGCAGGCUGAUGUUCAGAACAGCAACAACGUCGUGAACAGAGAUCCCUACACGUUCUGGACGCCGGAUAAGAAGAGACUGAGAGUUUUGCUUAAGAAGGAGUUGAAGAAUAGUGAUGUUGGGUCUUUGGGAAGGAUUGUCCUGCCAAAGAGAGAAGCAGAGGAAAACCUUCCAAUCCUCUCUGAUAAAGAUGGGAUCCAAAUUGUGAUCCGAGAUGUGUUUUCUAACAAACAGUGGGGCAUGAAAUACAAGUAUUGGAUAAAUAAUAAGAGCAGAAUGUAUGUGCUUGAAAAUGCAGUGGAUUUUGUAAAGCAAAAUGGGUUGGUGAUUGGAGAUUCCAUUACUCUUUACGAGGAUGAAUGCAAGAAUCUCUAUGUCUCCAUUGAAAAGGUUGAAAGAGCAGUAGAUCACGAGGCCUCCUCAUACAGACAACAUUGUACAAAUCACAGCUCCAACAGCAACAACCUAUAUAUCCCAUUUACAUACGAGGCUAGGGACGAGGAAGAAGCAUCUUUAGCAUUACUUAUAGAGCAACUCAGACCCAAGGAAGAAGCUGUAGAAGCUAACAGCCUUGCCACUUUGUCCAUGGGAGCUGCUUCUUCACAUAGGCCGCACCUCGUUUAAUCAAUCCUCUCUCUAUAUAUAUAUU